AUGGCGGGCCGCGUCCCGGCCGUGGGGCUGGGCACCUGGAAGGCCUUUCCAGGAGAAGUGACCAACGCGGUGGAGGUGGCCAUUGACUGCGGGUAUCGGCACUUUGACUGCGCUUACUUAUACCAGAACGAGAGUGAGGUUGGAGCAGGAAUUAAUAGCAAGAUCAAGGAGGGCGUGGUCAAAAGGGAAGAUCUGUUCGUUGUCAGUAAGCUGUGGUGCACCUUCCACAAGAAGUCCUUGGUGAAAACAGCAUGCACCAACAGUCUGAAGGCAUUAAAUUUGGAUUACUUGGACCUGUAUCUCAUGCACUGGCCCAUGGGGUUCAAGCCUGGAGAAAAAGACUUACCUCUGGAUUCCAGUGGCAUGAUUAUACCGAGUAACACCAACUUCCUGGACACAUGGGAGGCCAUGGAGGAGCUGGUGGUCGAGGGGCUGGUAAAGUUCAUCGGGGUGUCAAACUUCAACCACAAACAGCUUGAGAGGCUUUUGAAUAAGCCUAACUUGAGAUUCAAGCCAAUAACUAACCAGAUUGAAUGCCACCCUUAUCUUACCCAGAACAGUCUGAUUAAAUUUUGCCAAGAAAGAGAUGUGUCUGUGACUGCUUACCGUCCUCUUGGUGGAUCAAGAGAAGGAAAACACUUGAUGGACAACUCUGUCAUUCAGGAGAUUGCAGAGAGUCACGGCAAGUCUGCUGCUCAGAUUUUGAUCCGAUUUCAGCUCCAGAGGAAUGUGAUAGUGAUUCCCAAAUCUGUUACCCCCAGUUGGAUUCAAGAGAAUAUCCAGGUAUUUGAUUUUGUGCUAACAGAAGAAGAGAUGGAUAAAAUAUUAAAUCUAAACAUUAAUUUCCGUUUAGCCACAUUCCCCACAACUGAGAAUCACAAAGACUACCCUUUCCACAUAAAGUACUGAACACAGCUUCCCCUGCCUCGUUUCUGCUCAGCCCAGACAAGUCUCCAAGGCGGGCUGCACAGACCCUCUUCAGUGAAGGCUCUCAGGUCAAGGCAUCAGGGGAAGCUAUGGCCAGAAGCAAAUGCAACACACUUAGAGGUGGGGAGGUUCCUGCCUGGAACAGAAGACAUACUCUCUAGGAAAUCCCAGAAGUCAAAUGUGUCCUGUUUGAUGGAAAAAGGGUGGAGCCGGGUCCCAGGAACUCACUUGUCAAGGGUCCAUCAGGCUCACCACUGGGUGGGUUCUGUGCUACCCACAAGAUACUGGUAACUGAAAUUAAACUUAACUCCACAUUUUAAGAACACCUACUUGAUGGACAUAUUUACAUCACAUGUAAAAUUUGGGAAACCAGUGUAAUUAAUACUCAUAUGUCUUGCGAUAGUUCUAAACCUUGGGCCACUUAUGUUUUAUGUUCAUACCCCUUUCUGCACUACCCGAAUCUUCUAGAUAGUAGCAAAGCAAAUCUGCCUGCACACAAGUAAAGUGAAAGGGUAAAGUUGGAGCACUGUCUUAGGCAGAAUAGAGUCCUUAUUUUAAACUAAAUUCUAAUUUUUAAAUGUUAUUUUAAAAUAAGGUUAAUAUGAUAAGUCAAAUCACUCAAACCAGAGACAAAAGGUUGCUGUUUUCUGCAUGUGUUUGUUGUUUAACUGUCCAGGCUCCCUGUUUGAAGGAGAAUCCCAGAGCCCCGUUGUCUCCUGGAAUGCUCAGUCAGACUUGUGAUGUUGACUAUGCAGUUCAGUAGGCUCAGCGUCCUGCCCUUGUCCCUCCUUUUCGUGUCCGGCCAGUUCUGUGUGCCCAGCUGUAUCUGGUUUAAUUAGCUGGCCUUUGAUUUCUACCCAGAGGGAGGCAAGCAGAAGGAAAGUGCAGCAUUUACCCCGGGUGCUCUGCUGCUUGCCCUUCUCUACUUAUAUCCCACAGCAGUCUGUAGGAGCACCUCAGACAGAGGACACUGGAACAGGCGUGGGGACGCACCGCAGGAGCCUGGCUCGGGGAUGAUUCGCCUCCACGGCACUUUCAGUUAGUCUUGGUAGGGCAGCCAGCCGAUGAGUGAGGAGUGUAUGUCCUCUAGUUGAAAGUGAUCACCUGGGCUGAGGAUAAAGCACUUGCUGCCCAAGUGUGAGGACUUAAGUUCGGUAAACACACGAGUGUGUAUAAUCCCAGCAUAACCAAAGCAAGAUGGGAGGUGGAGACGGGCAACUACCUAGAAAUUACAGGUCACGUGACCAGGUGGGUACUGCCGCGUACAGUGAGAGGCCUGCCCACAAACAAAGGUGGGAGCAAGGACCAAGACUCACUGUUGCCUCUGACUAUCCGGCACAGGGAAGGGCCCCAGGCCACUGAGGGUUAAAGCUGGCCUGAGUAUCCAAGCACAGCCAAGGGCCCUGGGCCACAGGAGGUUGCAACCAGCCUAGACCCUGACAACUUUGGGUCCCAAGGCAGGCAGGAGUGAGGCCACCCCAGCGCCCCCCUGCCCGGGACAGCUCGACGUCCUGCUAAGACUUAGGUUCCGCAUUCCCUGAGCAGUCCCUGCUCCUCCCCAGUUCAGCACAGUGAACUUUUAACUGUUCCUUGUUUAUGACUUCUUAUUUAUUAGCCGUGUACUGAUGUCAUUCAACUUUGUUACCUCUUACUUUAAUAUUUUCCAGCAGUUCCUACACAGAAGUUGACUGCUAGAUGGCACUGUGCCCAAGCACAGUCACUGGCUGGUGAGACUGGGUGCGUGUGUGUACAGGUGAAUGUCUUAUGUUUUGUUUUACUUCCCACAGAAUCACAAGUCUAACCCUACUGUUUUUCAUUUCAACCUGACUACUUGCUCCUGAGUCACUGCAUGUUUGGAGUACUUUUCUUCAGCCUCAUUCACAUUAAGGUGGCUCUUAACUUUUAGUGGGUUUAUGUCAGUGGGUGGAGAGCAUGCUUUGUACGCAGCUGCAGUGGAACUGAGAACAGAAUUUAACAUUAAUAAUAAUCCAGAACUUGCUCCUGCAUGCAGUAAUGCACAAAGAAAAUAAUCUCACUACUCUUCCAGAGCCAACUGUUAGCCAAAACUAACUUAAAUUCACUGAUAAAAAUGAAUUAUUGAUAGGAUGGAUGGAUGUAAUGGAGAGCCCAGACCUUUACUUAAGAACACUGCUAAUCUCUUAUGAACAUGUGUAUAAUACAACUGCUGUUGAACAAAUAUGUGCAAGCAUUGAAGGGCUGGACAUAGCUGUGUGCACCCCAAGAACAUCUAAGCAGCUCCCUCUCCUCCUUCAUGAGCAUAUGGAAUGUCUUGUAUCAAACAAGGGUUCAGCUUCCAGUUGACUGCUGAGGUACAGAGAAGCUAAAACUGCUGGUGAUAUAAAAAUAAACCUUUUCCUACGUGAUUGUCAAGGAACAAGCUUCUAAGUGUCUCUUUGGCUUGUGUGACGCAGAGGCGAAGGGUCAUUUUGCUUUCCGUAGGAAGUCUUUGUUUCUACAGUGCUGCACAGUAUAGGUCCUCAGCUCACCCUCAGGAACUCUCAAGGGGGUGUUACUUCCUCUUUUGGACCCAAGAUACUGGUGUCUGUAAAUCCAUGGAGGAACUUGAUUAGAACACCAAGCUAUGAACCUGCCUGUCAUACUACACUUGAUCUCACUG